CUGAGACCAUGUCGACCAAGCCCGUGCUGACGUUCGUGACCGGCAACGCCAACAAGCUCAAGGAGGUGGUGGCCAUCCUGGGCGCCGACUUCCCCUUCGAGCUGCGCAACCAGGCCGUGGACCUGCCGGAGCUGCAGGGCGAGCCGGCCGACAUCGCCAAGGAGAAGUGCCGCCUGGCCGCCAAGCAGGUGCAGGGCGCCGUGCUGGUGGAGGACACGUCGCUGUGCUUCAACGCGCUCAAGGGGCUGCCCGGCCCGUACAUCAAGUGGUUCCUCGAGAAGACGGGCCACGAUGGCCUGAACAACAUGCUGGCCGCCUACGAGGACAAGUCCGCGUACGCGCAGUGCAUCUUCGCCUACGCGCCGGCGGGUGCCGAGCCGCAGGUGUUCAUCGGCCAGACGCACGGCAAGAUCGUGCCGGCCCGUGGCCCCACGACGUUCGGGUGGGACCCGGUCUUCCAGCCCGACGGAUACGACCAGACGUACGCCGAGAUGGAGAAGGCCACCAAGAACCAGAUCUCGCACCGCUACAAGGCUCUGGAGGCGCUCAAGGCCCACCUGGUCAAGCCCACCGAGAAGUAAAUACAGUAGUUGAUUUGCAAUUGGAUAGGUGAUCGUGACUCCAUCGUAGAGCUCUCGCAGAUGAAUACGACACGCAUCCGUUGAG